AUGACUGGCGUGAAUCUCCGCUCUAUCCUCGGCACGGUGUCGCAGGUUACCGUCCGGAUGCAGGAGAGGUCUGACAGGGGGAGUGGAAUUUAUAAGGCUACGGCAGAAAUGAUGCAGGGACGGCCAAUCCUCACCUGCCUACUGGAUGCGCUGAGUCCAGUCUGCCGCCUUCAGGUCGUGAAGCGCUUGACCGACCUGCUCGUUCAUCGUCACUUGGUCGGCAAAGUGGUGUUGGUGACCGGCGGUACUUCCGGCAUCGGCUUUGAGACAGCCGCGGACCUCGCGGAGAGAGGGGCCCGUGUCCUCAUAGCCAGCAACGAGCGGCACGGCGACAGUGUCAGAGACAAUAUUGUGGCGCGCUCUGGGAACACCGACGUACACUUCAUCUACUUGGACCUCGCCAGUCUCGCCUCUGUGAGAUCUGUUGCUACUGACAUAAUAGCAAAAGAAAAACGUCUGGAUAUUUUGGUUAACAACGCAGGAGUUUUGCUGGCUAAAAGAGGCCUUACGGAGGACGGUCUGACACUCGCAAUGCAGAUAAACUAUUUCGGGCCAUUUCUACUGACAGGUUUACUUCUACCGAUAAUAACCAAGACACCCUCGAGUAGAAUAGUGAAUGUGUCCUCAAAAUUGUAUAGGCUCGGACGUGUGGACUUGGAGAGACUCAACGAGCCGAGGACCGGUUGUCUCUCCUCGUUUUUAGCUUACUGUGACUCGAAGCUAUGUGUUGCUCUCAUGACUGUGGAACUGGCUCGCCGUCUCCACGGUACAGGUGUCACUGCUAACUUCCUUCACCCGGGGUGCUCCCUUACUAACAUAUACAGAUUGGAUACUUUUAUAAAGAAAGUGGGCUUCCAAAUUUUAUUGAUUAAAUAUUUUUUGAAGACCCCGAGGGAGGCCGCACAGACUACAACACAUCUGGCGGUGUCUGCAGAAGUGGAGAAAGUCAGUGGCUGCUACUUUAGAAAUUGUAAGGCUAUGAAACUCCCUGAAAAAGUUCGUAAUAAAGAUUUGGCUAAGCAGCUGUGGAAGGUUUCUAACGAAUUUGUUAAUUUGAGUGCUUAA